ACCGCCGUGUCGUUCGCGAAAGGUUGGGAGGGGAAGAUCGAGAAGGGUAGGAGGAAAACGAUCCUCCGAUUGAAGGGGCAAAUCGUUCCAAAACCCUACCAUUCUUUCCCCGUCAUUGAUUCGAGGUACUACUCUCCGUCCCCCACGACCGGCGGGGCCGCCGUGUGCCCUAGCUCGCACUCGCGUUCCUGGGGGGCGGUCUUGGACGACAUUGUGGUGUCAGGCCAAGCAAGUGACUGAAGAAUUUGUUCGUAAUAUAAUCAGAAAGCUAUUUCAUAUUAUUGACACAUUGAUGCGCAAAGAGUAUAUUUGUGCAAGUUAUGCAGAAGUCACAUCAUGUAACAAGUGGGUUUGGUUUUGUGAACAAUUACUACCUACUCUAUUACCAAAGAUUCUGUUGCUGGGGCAUAUCUUUUAUCACUCCCCAAUAUAGGAUUGCUGUACGUGGUGGAUCAAUUUUAUAAUUUCAUCAUCAUUUAUAUCUCUUCUCUUCUUGGUGCAAAGAGGCUUUCAUCAAUGUCGGAAAGUGAAAAGGCCAUUAUCAAGCCAGAGGCCAUGAAGUCUUUUAUCUGGCUGCAAUGUGCUGAUGGGUCAAUUCAGCAAGUUGAAGAGGAGGUGGCAACAUUCUGUCCCAUGAUAUACCGAGAGAUCGUUCAGACAGGGAUGGGAUCAUCAAAAAACUAUGCUAUAUCUUUACCUGAACAUGUCAAUCCAGCGAUUCUGAACUUUAUUUUUGAUUAUUGCCGGUUUCAUCAAGUUCCUGGCCGCUCUAACAGGGAGCGGAAAUCUUUUGAUGAGAAAUUCAUCAGAAUGGAUACAAAACGACUGUGUGAAUUGACUUCUGCAGCUGACAGCCUCCAGCUAAAGCCAUUGGUUGAUCUCACUAGUCGAGCUCUUGCUCGUAUGAUAGAAGGGAAGUCACCGGAAGAAAUUCGUGAGACAUUUCAUUUGCCAGAUGACCUUACAGAAGUUUUAUAUCAGGAAGAGAAGCUGGAGCCAUUGAAAAAUGUAAAUGAUGAUCCACGGAUUCGGUUACUCAAUCGAUUAUAUGCUAAAAAACGUAAAGAACUAAAAGAGCGGCAGAAAUUGAAGAGUAAGGAAGCAGAUGAAGAGAAGAAAGAGGAGCGUUCUGUUGAUGAGAUUUUAUCUUUUAUAAAUGGACAUGAAGAUUCCAAAGGUGUUAAAGCUAUUAAAAAUAAGAAAAAGAAUAGGAGGAAAAAAGUUCUAUCAAAGGAUACCUCCGGAGACUCUGCCAAAGUGCACAGGAAGAAGGAAGACACCUUUUCUCCUAGUCCAAGUCAAAAUUUGGAAGUGCAAGGCAAUGUUGAAGAUGCUUUUGUAUCAAAUGUUGAAUUUGGAGAUGGUGAUAUCGAUGAUGAGCUAGAUCCCGCUGUGAAGGAAGAACUUGAUAGAGAAGUGGAAGAUUUUGCCAGAAGAUUAAAUUCUGAUUGGCCUGAAAGAAUGCAAGAAAUUUUGUCUUUAGGACAAGACAGGAGGCUUGUUCCUAAUUUGGUGAAUUCGAAUGGUUCGGUUCAGAAAUUCGCAGGCUUGGAUGGAAGAUGAUCUGUGUCAAACAUAGCUAAAUGGUUCUUCGUAUUUGUACAAAGGGCAUCUCUUUUUUUGGAUAGAGGGGUCGGUGGGUCAAUGUGGUAUGCUCUUGUUGCUUUGUCGAAACCAUCUCAAAGAAGUCUUCAAUAUAGUGAGAGCCCGUCAAUUUCUGCGAGAGCCUUUGCUCUCAACUACCAGAAAAAGAGCUGGUUUCUGUAUCCCUUGUGGACUUUAUUUGGUUUGACUUAACUAAAGUUUUUGCUUGUGUAACAUUUUUGGCUGAUAAUAAAAAAGAAAGCUUAGGAACUAAA